AUGUUAUCCCCGCCGCCUAAGAGUAAGGCUGCUAGUAUAUGGUCCUUUGAUUCGGGGUACGGCUCAGGCACUUUGGAGGAUGAGGAGGGGUUCCAGGUACGAUCUCAUUCACGGAAUGUUGUGUGUCGCGCAACUUCUAAUGCCGAGCAGUUUGACCAGGCCGGAAGCUCCACGAUCUAUGGAACGUUGCCUACGUCCCGCAACCAGUCCGAUCAGUCAAAUCUUGGCGGACCUGUGAGCCUUGAACUGGGAGACGAAAUUCGCGCGAGAGCAAUCACCAACUCGACUGAGCCUCAGGCUACGGGAAUCGACGUGUUCACGGCGAAAGUUCGCACUAGCGACGAUUCAUUGGUGCCGACGCAGAGUGAUGGUAUCGACUGCCUCCGAUGUCAGCUUUGGAACAUCAUCAACCCCGACGGGAACAUUCAAUGCGACGACUGCACGAGUGAAAGAUUCGAGACGCUUGAGGUUGUACUAGGUACUGCUGCAAUACCAAAGACGACGAAUCUGGCACCUCGACAUACCGCUUUAAAGGUGACUCCGUCGGAAGACUUCUCCCAACCCAAGAGUACCGGGCGAUGCUCUGCAUGCGAGAUCUCGGCACUCAUUCACCCAGGCCAGCCCGUCAAUUGUGCUUCUUGCACUCUGAACACGGGCUUGCUAUCUCCAACUCCGUCAGACCAGCCAUCAAAGGUCAAACGUUCUUGCGCCCGACGGCCACCCACCAAGCUCGAGUCGCAUGCGACGCGAUGUCUGCAAGGAUGGCUGAAAGAACACCGAAACGAUCCGUAUCCAGACACCGAGACCAAGCGUUCACUAGCCGAAACAUGUGGUAUCACUGAGAAGCAGGUUACUACCUGGUUUACUAAUGCGCGAGCGCGAAGAAGGGUCCUGGAUGCGAAAUCGUCUAACCCGGCCUCGGAAGAUGAAGGAGCUCGGAAUACUCGACUUUCUAGCGUAAUAUCCACAGUGCUGCCGCACCGAGAAACCUCAUCAGGCUUCGAGGCACCAUCCGAUCGUCGGUAUUCGGUCACGUCUCAUUACACAGGUGACGACUCCAGCCAUACGAACACAACUACAUCUAGGCGAGGCAAGAAGAAGGAUUAUGGCCAGUCUGUCAACGUACCUACUUCGGUCUCCAAAGCGCAUUCGUUCGCAUCCAAAUCACAACUUCCAUCUACCGAUGAUGUCGAUAGCGAAUCGCAGACGUGGCAGUGCACCUUUUGCUACCAACAUAUCGCGCGUAAAUCCUGGCGCCGCCAUGAGGAAACCCAGCAUCGACCUAAACGAAAGUGGACAUGCUUGCUCACUGGCCCUAGUCUCACCAUAUCGUCUCGUUCAGAUGCGUCUACGUCGUGUGUGUUCUGCAUGGCAGCGAACCCCAGCGACAAGCACUUCGCCGAAUGCCACCGCGUAGCUGAGUGCAUGGCCAAGGACGAAAGCGAAAGAACGUUUCUGCGACCCGAUCACCUGCGUCAGCACGUCAAGAACUUCCACAAAGCGAAAUUAGAUGAGACCACCCGCGAUCUCUGGAGACGAGAGGGCCUAGGUAAUCAUGCCGUGGAGAACUGGGUUUGCGGUUUCUGUGCGAAGGUGCUGAAGACAUGGGAUGAUCGUGAGACGCACGUCGCGAACCAUUUCAAGGAUGGCCUGACGAUGGCGCACUGGAAAAGGAAUGCGCAGCCAAAUGCUGGGAUUGAGGCGAGCAGGAAGAGGCCGACUUCGAGCGAAGGACGGCCGAAUGUGCUCUCGAAGUUGGCACGGACGCUUACUUUCCGAUCAUCGCGUGAGCAGCAUCACUACGAGUCGCAGAGUCAGGCCACUGAUGCUUUCGAUACUGCACUGCCAUUCACCCACGCGCCUGAGUUGGAUGCACCUCUUUUGCCGGAACUUGUCUUCGACGACUUCAUGGCGGGCGUUGGUGACGGCGAUCUCAAUUACAGCGACACGAUUCUUGCUGGCGCGUAUGGGCACGACUUUGCUUCUACUGGACGGCAUGAUUCCGCAUUUCCAGACGAAGAAAAUGCGGGGUUUGACUUUGGCGAUCUGACGGAUGGGUUCGUCAACCAAGAGUUUGGGAAUGGGGAUGCCUUUGGGCUUUGGUAUCAAUAG